AUGGCCACGCGUUUGUUCGAGGGGAAGGACCAUGCCUCCGUCUAUCUGAAAUACAGGUUCUCCCCUCCCGAGAAACUUCAAGAGGUCGUCUUCUCCUACCUGGAAAACAAGAAAGUGACCUCCUUUCAACUGGCGGUGGACGUGGGGUGCGGUUCAGGCCAAAGUACACUGUGGCUGGCGAAGCGGUUUGAGAAGGUGGUCGGGACGGACAUAAGCGAAGCUCAGAUCGAGGAGGCCAAGCAGGCUGCCCAUCCUGCCAAUGUCUCUUACCUCGUGUGCCCUGCGGAAAACCUCCCAUUCAAGGAUAACUCUGUGGACUUCAUCAUGUCCUUUGCUGCAGUCCACUGGUUUGACCUCCCCAGCUUCAUGAAGGAAGUGGAAAGAGUCCUUAAGCCCUCUGGCUGUGUGGCGUUCUCCACCAACUGCCUGGACAUGCAGCUCCAUUACAAAGAUUGUACGGAGAAGCUGACCGAGAUCUUUCAGGAGUUUCGGAAACGGACCUUCGAAUACGCCAACGACAGAGUCCGUCGUGUGCAAGAUGAUUACCAAAUGGUAUUUGAGGCCCUGCCAUUUCAGGAUAAGCAGAGGAUCACUGAUAUUUAUGGCGCAGUGCCCUUUACUGUGGCUGGAGUCCUGGGAUAUUUCCAGACCUUUUCUAUGUACCAAACCUUUCUAAAAGCUGAGCCUGAGGCAGCCAAAUCCCUCAUCCAAAACACUGAAAAAAGGAUCCUGGAGGUGAUGGGAGUUUCCUCUCUUGAGACUCCGUUGGAGAUGAGGAUGCGGCAUGUGGCUGUUCUGGGGUGCAAGAACUCCUGA